AUGGACGGGUUUUUACAUUUUUUGGUGGUGGAAUUACGUGGAAUUCCUCCAGGCACUGAUGUUAAAGAUGCAUCUAAUCCUUUUAGGUUGGAAAAAUCAGAACUAAUGAGACAAUUGCAAUCGACAUUAAACCCACAUAAAUUGCAUGCUCCUGACCCUCCCCAAGAUGAUCCUCUCGAUUCAUCUUUAACAAUUCCACAAAACUUUCUUCCACAUAUGAGUCUCAUCCCCUAUUUACAUGAGAGAUUGAUGUAUUUUUCAGUCGUUUUAUGCAUCGAUGCCACAUUAUUCGAUUUAACUAUUGCUCCUUUACAAACACUUCAUUUGCUGAUUAAGUUGAUAUUUCAAAAAAAAAUCAAGCACUCGGAUGAAAUACAGAGUAAUUGCUAUGAGAAAAACCUAUUUAAUGAUGAAUAUAAUGAGGUUAUGGAUGUGUAUAAUUUAAAAGUUGAUAAAUUUGAUGGUGUUUCGCUGAGCUCAAAUAAUGAUGAUAACAUGCUGGACUCAAAACAAUCAUCAUUAUCUCCCUCAUUUUCAUCACCAAAAUCCAUUGUAUGUAGACGAAUCUUGCGAGAUGACAGUGAUUUAUAUUCCGAGUUCGUUGAAAUGUCUGAUUCGGAUCUAAAUACUGUGUUACCUAAAUGUCAGUUUGAUAAUUAUAUCGAAUGCUGUGGCAGUAAAGGUGUAAGUGACGACCCCUUCUCGUCACUACCUUUUAAAUCUUUCGUUGGUGAUGAAUUUUCGGAAUGUAAUUUAACCGAUUUCUCUCACAUGCCUUUUACAGAUUUGAUAAAGGAUGGCGUCAGUAAAUUAAAAUGUUCAAAAUUGGAUUCUAUUAAAGAUGAAUUUAAGCAUGCUAUUUCAUUUGAAAAAUUAAGAAACAAUAUUUCAAACACAAAUGUGGAACAUGGCAUGUCGAAGUUAUAUGGUUUAUCUGAAUUUUUCAAUUGUCAACCAUCCAUCCCUGAACGUAUUGGUGCAGUGCGAUUCUUCGUAAUAAUUUUAUCAUUUCUAAUGUUUUCGAGAAUAGAUACAUCAAGAGUAUAUCAUUACAUUCGUGGGCAGCCAUUCAUCAAACUAUACGUCAUUUUCAACAUGUUAGAGAUGUUUGAGAGGCUAUGUAGAACACUGGGUAGAGAUUUAUUUGAUCUCCUAUCAAAAUCUAUGCUGCAGUGUUUGGAAACUAGCAAUAGCAAGAAGCAACGUGACUCAAAUAAAUUGUCCAAACAAACUAUUAGUUACUAUUUCAGUAAAGACAAUCACUCAGAUGCUAAUUUUAAUCUUGAUGAAGUAGAAAGCGCGACUGAAAGUGAUACCUAUAAAUGGGUAAGAUUUGGAUUGAUAUUUUUCUUAGUAACAUUACACUCGCUUAUUCACACUUUUAUGCAUCUAAUCAGAGUUAUGAGUUUAAACAUUGCAAUCAACUCUUCUGAGGCUGUGAUGUUUUUGCUGCUUGUUACGAAUAAUUUUUCCGAACUAAAAUCGUCGGUUUUUAAAAAAUAUUCAAACGUGUCACUAUUCAUGAUUGCAGCAUCGGAUUCUGUGGAAAGGUUUCACUUUUUUAGUGAUGCUUUUCUCGUUUUCCUUAAAAUGUCCACUAGUUAUAGAAAAUUCAAGAAUUCGUAUUUUAGCGUAUCAACUUGGCUGAUAUCAGUAUUUCUGGUGGAAAUAAUAGUUGACUGGUGUAAAUUAAUCUUCAUGGUAAAGUUCAAUCGCAUUAACUCCCAAACGAUCUAUCGCUACCACGAGACACUGGUCGCUGAUACUUUGUUGAGUAGAGUGACGGAACGGGCAAAUGAUCUGAUCUCAUUCAAUUUCUUUGUCCCUUGCAAGUCAGUAUUCAAUUACUCGCACAUACCGUCGAGGAGGCUCAACUUUUCAUCCAUCCCCUUUGUCAUUUUGGUGCUUUGCUCACUACCUAAAAUUUCAUUUAACAUUUGGGGGAUAAUCAUCGUGGCAGAAAUUUGGUUUACCAUAAUUUUGGCCAAAAUAUUAACAUCAAUAUUAUUGGUGGCUUUUGUAAUAAAGAAGAAGGCAUCUCUCAAACAAUUGUACCCACCUUUUGAUAAGGUAGACUCGACCUAA